ACGCCAUCGAGAGAAAGCACCAGUGACGGGGCGCCGCCGAGGCGGACGGCUCCCACACGGCCACACCCCACAUAUACGCGUCGCUUACUGGUUGGUCCCACCAACGAAUUCAGAGGCGUCCAGAGACGAGCAAGCGAGCCCCGAAAUACUCUGUUACAAGCCCCAACGCGACCGAGACAAAUACACAAGCGAAAAGGCGAGAGCCGGAGAGAGAGAGACAUACAGAGAGAGGGGAAAAAACUUAUCUGCCCUUCCUAAUCGCCCUUACCCCCUUGUGUUAGAUAACCACCCCUCUCCCUUGCGCGCCGCCGCCGCCGCCGCCGCGCCUCCCCGCCGGGAGCCCGUCUCCGGCGAUCGCCGCCGUCUAGCCCCCCUCCUGUCCCCGCCUUCGAUCCGAAUCCUAGACGAAAAAUCGUGGAAAAUACCGCAAAAAAUCGCGGAAAUUCGCCCGGUUCUGUUUGAAUAAAUCGCACGGGCGUUGCGCCCCGCCCCUCUCGCUCCCCUCCCGCCGCCAGCCCCGCGGCCGCCGGCGACGGCGAUCGCGCAGACAAAUAGGCGCCCGCGUCGAGCCAGAAAAACCCGCCUCGUGCCGGUCCGAGCAUUCGUCUCUGUCGUGGGGACUGAGCACCCGUUGCCUGUCCCCGCCCGCCUGCCCGCCGCCUCCUGCUCCUCUCGUCGGCCGCGGCACAAGGAGUGAUACUGAGCCUGUGAGAGGUAUUCCAUAUAAUGCCAUAAUCUGGGAUGGCAUUCUUCAGCAACUCCGGGAGCAAGGCUGAUUCAGGAGGGUACAACCUGAAUGAAAAGGCCGAAGAUGAGGGCAUCUACGAGUCAGUUCAGGAUGGGAAUGUUGACCUGAGUUCUAGGCAGUGGAACUUAAAUGAGAAAGCAGAUGAUGCUUACCAUUGUGAAGCAGAGCAAUAUGAGGCGGGCCAGUCAGGUUUGUACUCUUCUGAGAAGGCAUCAGGGCAGCAUAUCCAGAAAGGAGGCAGAUCUUCUGGUGGUCCAUGGGGCACAAAUUUUCUGAAGGAUUCCAGGUCCAAACAGAUGGCCGAGGAUGUUCCAUCGAAUAGUGGUAGAGGAAUGAAUGCUGCUAGCUUGCAUGAUGGCUUGGAUGAUAGUGGAGAGGAUGAUGAGCUGAACAGGGCAAAUGGUGAGGUGCCUGCUGAGGAAAUGCUCUCCGAUGACUAUUAUGAGCAGGACGGAGAGGAGCAGAUUGAAUCGUUGCAUCGUGGCGGGACGAAGCAAUCAAGCUGUUCCACUUCUGGUGGGGCAGCAAAAUCUGGCUCACGACAAAUGAAGGCGUCAAAGUACAAUGCUUAUGACGACGAUGAUGACGAUGACUAUAAUGAUGAGAAUGACGAUGACAAUGACGCUGAUGAAGACGACCCCGCUGAUGUGGAUUUUGAGCCAGACAGCGAAACGGACAAAGCUACUGAUAAGGAUAAGUUUAUGGAUAGUGAGAAUUCUGAUGGCGACGAUGAUGAUGGCCUUGAACUCUCAGAUGAUGAUGAUGACUUUGUUGAGAACCGGAGGCAACCUAAACGACUUAAGAUUGUAGCAACUAAAACUUCCAAGGGAAGGAAGUUGCCCAUGCCAGCUCAACGAAAACGAGGGGUGUCUCACAGCGAUGAAGAAUAUUCUUCAGGAAAAGAUUCAGAUCUUCCCAGUGAUGCUGAUUUCAAACACAGAUCGAAAAGACCUGACAGGUUGCAUCAGAAAUCUGUGGGCCGCAGUGAUGUUGCCCCAAUCAAUUCUCAUAAUGAGCUUCGAACUUCUGGAAGGAGGACAGUGAAAAAGAUCUCAUAUGUUGAAAGCGAAGAAAGUGAUGAUAGCGAGGAGAAGUCAACUAAACAACAAAAGCUCAUGAAGGAGGAGCUGGAAGAGGAAGACGGAGAAACAAUUGAAAAAGUUCUUUGGCAUCAACCCAAGGGUGUAGCUGAAGAAGCAAUAAAGAAUCACCAAUCAGCUCAACCUACUGUUGUCAGCCUAACAUCGGACUUUGAUCAACAGUGGGAUGAAUUAGAGUUCUAUAUAAAAUGGAAAGGCCAGUCUUACCUGCAUUGUCAAUGGAAGACAUUAUCAGAGCUUCAAAGUGUUAGUGGAUUCAAGAAGGUAAUAAAUUACACGAAAAGAGUUGCUGAGGAACAGAGGUACAAGAGGGCACUAUCACGUGAAGAGGUUGAGGUGCAUGAUGUGGGCAAGGAGAUGGAGCUGGAUCUUAUUAAACAAUAUAGUCAGGUUGAACGGAUAUUUGCUGAUAGGGUCAGCAAAGCUGAUGGAGAUGAUCUGGUUCCUGAAUAUUUAGUCAAAUGGCAAGGACUUCCUUAUGCAGAAUCUACCUGGGAAAAAGAUACAGAUAUCGAUUUUGCUCAAGAUGCAAUUGAUGAAUAUAAGGCUCGUGAAGCUGCCACAUCUAUACUUGGGAAAACAGUAGAUUUCCAACGAAAGAAAAGCAAAGCUAGUUUGAGGAGGCUUGAUGAUCAGCCAGAAUGGCUAAAAGCUGGUAAGCUUCGUGAUUAUCAGCUGGAAGGACUAAACUUUCUCGUGAAUGGGUGGAGAAAUGAUACUAAUGUUAUACUUGCUGAUGAAAUGGGUCUGGGGAAAACUAUCCAAUCUGUUUCCAUGCUUGGCUUCCUUCAUAAUGCUCAAGAAAUCAAUGGUCCAUUUCUUGUAGUUGUGCCACUGUCAACAUUGUCGAACUGGGCAAAAGAAUUUCGGAAGUGGCUGCCCAACAUGAAUGUUGUCAUUUAUGUUGGCAACCGUGCCAGCAGAGAGAUGUGCCAGAAGCAUGAGUUUUUUUCAGACAAGAAGGGUGGGCGUCAUGUAAAAUUCCAUACGUUGAUAACUACAUAUGAGGUGAUUCUCAAGGACAAAGCGGUUCUUUCCAAGAUCAAAUGGAACUAUCUUAUGGUUGAUGAAGCCCACCGGUUGAAAAAUUGUGAAGCAUCACUAUAUACUACCCUUUUGGAAUUCAGCACUAAGAAUAAGCUGCUUAUCACUGGAACACCUUUGCAGAACAGUGUGGAAGAGCUUUGGGCAUUACUUCAUUUCCUUGAUCCAGUUAAAUUCAACAGCAAGGAUAGUUUUGUUGAAAGAUACAAAAAUUUGAGUUCCUUCAAUGAAACCGAGCUUGCGAAUCUGCAUAAGGAAUUGAGGCCUCAUAUUCUAAGGCGGGUUAUAAAAGAUGUCGAGAAGUCUUUACCUCCUAAAAUUGAACGGAUUCUACGUGUCGAGAUGUCACCCCUUCAGAAACAAUACUACAAGUGGAUUUUAGAGCGGAAUUUCCAGAAUCUAAAUAAAGGAGUCCGUGGGAAUCAGGUAUCACUUUUGAACAUUGUUGUUGAAUUGAAGAAAUGCUGCAACCAUCCAUUUUUGUUUGAAAGUGCCGAUCACGGUUAUGGUGGAGAUAGCAUUGGCGAUCGGAAUAAAGUUGAACGGAUUGUUAUGAGUAGUGGUAAACUUGUCUUGUUGGACAAACUAUUGGUGAGACUACGGGAGACUAACCAUCGUGUGCUUAUAUUCUCACAGAUGGUUAAGAUGUUGGACAUCCUUGCAGAAUAUCUCUCCCUUCGGGGAUUUCAGUUUCAGAGGCUUGAUGGUAGUACAAGAGCAGAUCUUCGUCAUCAAGCCAUGGAACAUUUUAAUGCUCCUGGAAGUGAUGACUUCUGUUUUCUUUUAUCCACACGUGCCGGAGGACUUGGUAUUAAUCUUGCAACUGCAGAUACAGUGAUAAUUUUUGAUUCAGAUUGGAAUCCACAAAAUGAUCUGCAGGCCAUGAGUAGGGCACAUAGGAUUGGCCAACAGGAAACUGUUAAUAUCUACCGCUUCGUCACAUGCAAAAGUGUUGAAGAGGAUAUUUUGGAACGCGCAAAGAAAAAGAUGGUUCUUGAUCACUUGGUUAUUCAGAAGCUAAAUGCUGAGGGCAGGCUUGAGAAGAAAGAAUCCAAAAAGGGUGGCUCCAUAUUUGACAAGAAUGAACUUUCGGCUAUCUUGAGGUUUGGAGCAGAGGAAUUGUUCAAAGAAGACAAGACUGAUGAAGAGGCCAAGAGAAACCUUGAAAGUUUGGACAUUGAUGAAAUUCUUGAGAGAGCAGAGAAAGUCGAGACAAAGGGUGGUGAAGGGGAGGAAGGAAAUGAGCUUCUUAGUGCUUUCAAGGUCGCAAACUUUUCCAGUGGCGAGGAUGAUGCAACAUUCUGGAGUAGGCUAAUACAGCCAGAUCCUGCAGAUAUUAUUCAGGAAACUUUGGCGCCUCGUGCUGCACGUAAUAAAAAGAGUUAUGUUGAAGAUCCCCAGUUUGACAAAAAUAAUAACAGGAAAAGACGUGCAGUUGAAGCACAAGAAAAGCCAAGGAGGCGUUCUGGCAGAACAGUGGAAACAGUUAAUUCAGUACCAUUGGUUGAUGGAGCAGUAGCUCAAGUACGAGAGUGGUCUUUUGGUAAUAUUCCAAAGAAGGAUGCUUCUCGUUUUGUACGAGCGGUUAAAAAAUUUGGGAAUGCAACCCAGAUUGACUUAAUUGUGGAUGAUGUUGGUGGUGUACUAGAGAAGGCACCACAUGAAGCACAAAUAGAGCUAUUUGAUUUGUUGAUUGAUGGUUGUCAGAAAGCUGUUAAAGAGAAUACAGAUAUCAAGGGCACAGUUUUGGAUUUUUUCGGUGUAGCUGUGAAGGCCUAUGAAUUGCUAGCUCGUGUUGAAGAGCUUCAGUUGUUGUCAAAGCGCAUUGCACGAUACAAAGAUCCAAUCAAGCAAUACCGCAUCCAACUACCUUAUAAAAAGCCUCAGUGGUCAGCAAGCUGUGGAUGGACUGAAACUGAUGAUGCUAGAUUGAUGGUUGGAAUUCAUUGGUAUGGCUACGGGAAUUGGGAGAAAAUACGUUUGGAUCCAAAGCUUGGCCUGACAACAAAAAUUGCACCAGCAACACUUGGUGAGAGAGAGACAUUUUUACCACGUGCUCCAAACUUGGAUAACCGUGCUAGCGCUCUCCUGCAAAAGGAAUAUGCUAAGUUUAGCGGUAAUAGCUCAAAAGUCAAAGGAAAUGCCCGCCAGACAGUCAAUAACGACAGUAAUAGUGGAGCUCGAUCAAUGAGAGGCCGACAAAAGGAUGCACCAGAUAAAGAGGAUAAUAAGCCGAACAAAGAUGACAUUCAGAAGCGCAAGGUAAUGAUGGAAGCUGAAGCAAGAGAAGAAGGUGAAAUUUCUGAAUCAGAGGCAGAGACAAAGUAUCGUCUGGACAAAGAGGAGAAGUGGCUCGAAUGGUGCUCUGAAGUUUUAAAUGAGGAACAGGAAACUUUGAAGCGCCUGGACAGGCUGCAGAAUACAAGUGUAAACCUCCCAAAGGAAAAGGUUCUUUCAAGAAUCCGCAAGUAUCUCCUGAUAAUUGGGGACAAAAUUGGUGAAGUUGUCCGGCAACACAGUGAAUCUUAUAGGCAAUCCCGUAAGUGUAGCCGCACCUCCCGCAUGACCAUGAGGUUAUGGAAUUAUGUUGCCACCUUUUCAAACAUGUCUGGGGAGCAAUUGCAUGAUCUCUAUUUGAAACUUAGUCAAGACCAACUGGAAGGUGGAGUUGGCCCAUCUCAUGGUGCCAAUUUCACAUCCAUUCCUUCCAGCAAGGGAGGUAACUCAAAUCAACUUCAUCCUACAAGAAACCAUAGGCCAACCAGGUCUCUCCAGUACAAUUCUGAGUCUUUGCACAAUAAUGAGAGCUCUGGAAGUUCUGAAGCCUGGAAGCGUCGACGGAGAGCAGACCCUGAUAAUCAGUUUGACACCCAGCCUUUGUAUCAACCUCCAAUUAUGACAAAUGGAAAUAGGUUGCAGGAAUCUAGUAGUUCUGCAGGAAUUCUUGGUUGGGGUCCAGUUGAAAUGAGACGGUAUGGUAAUGAAAGGCCAAAGCGUGGUGUUCAUCCUAGUCAUUUUCCUACUGGGCAUGGACCUUUGUUGUAGCUGAAGGAAUUAGAUGACUCGAACAACCUUGUCCACUUUGGCAUAACUGUUCCCAGUGAAUUUCAGCUUCCAUAUAGUUACAAAUGGUGGAACUCUGUCGGAAUUGAAAUUCUUUUUUCCAUAACAAGAAGGAAUAAAAAGCAAGACCUGACCUGGAGCGCAGUUUGAAUACUGUCCCUCAAAGGUAAUGCCAGGACUCCAGAGGCGACGCAGGGAUUUGUUAACAGCUACACUGAAUAUCCUUCUGACAACAUCACAGUAAAACGAAUACAUGGUGGCUUGUCAACUGCCAAGAGGAUUAAUCGAGGAAAUUUUGUCGAUUCAGUUUUGUGAUCCAAUAGAAAAGUUGGGGGUCAUUAGGAAAAAGUUCAUCUCAACAAUGAUCUAUAGUUCACUCUAUACAUGUAUUAUGUUUUACAUUGCAAUAUAAUGAAAUAUGGUUCAGUUAUUCCCA